AAGGGCCUGCCUCGGAAGAAGCCCAACCGGGACGAGCUCCGAAAGUGAGGCCUACCUUCACCUAGAAGCACAAUAUCAGGGCUCGCGAGGGGGGGAGGAGAGUUCAAGAAGCGCUUGCCGGCGGACCGCGCAUGCGCUGUGAAGACACAGGAGAAAAAGGGGGGAAAAAAAAAGACACUUCGCAAACGCCGGCUCCGGAUUGGUCGGCGUUCCCUGUCACGCGGAGGCGGCGCGGGGUGUGAUUGGCCGGCGCGCCGCUUGGGCCCUCCCACCUGUCCCUGGCGCGUUGGAUGCUGGAAGCCAAGAUGGCGGCGGAGCUGGUGGAGGCGAAAGUGAAACAUGGUGAUGAGCUUCCGUGUGUCGGACCUGCAGAUGCUGCUGGGCUUUGUGGGCCGGAGCAAGAGCGGCCUCAAGCACGAGCUGGUCACCCGGGCCCUGCAGCUGGUCCAGUUCGACUGCAGCCCCGAGCUCUUCAAGAAGAUCAAGGAGAUCUACGAGACGCGAUACGCCAAGCUCGCCGAGCCCCAGGCGCCCCCCAAGGCCCCCGCCGGGCCCCCCGCCCCCGGACCCCCACCCACCGCCCCCGACGGACUGCCCCUCCACGCCUCCUUCGACCGCGGCGGCGGCGGCGGAAACAACAACAACGCCAACAACGCCAAGGCCAACGCCGUGCCCCGGGCGGGGCUCCCGGCCCCCAACAUGGACUACCCCUCCCUGUACGGGAAGUACCUCAACGGACUGGGCCGCCUGCCCGCCAAGCCGGUCAAGCCCGAGGUGCGCCUGGUCAAGCUGCCCUUCUACACCAUCCUGGACGAGCUGCUCAAGCCCACCGAACUCGUCCCGCAGAACAGUGAGAAGCUGCAGGAGAGCCCGUGCGUUUUUGCCCUGACGCCGCGGCAAGUGGACCUCAUCCGCAGCUCCAGGGAGUUGCAGCCGGGUGUCCGGUCGGUGCAGGUGGUGCUCAGGAUCUGCUACACCGACACCAGUUGCCCCCAGGAAGACCAGUACCCCCCACACAUCGCCGUCAAAGUCAACCACAGCUACUGUUCCGUCCCCGGCUACUACCCUUCCAACAAGCCCGGGGUGGAGCCCAAGCGGCCGUGCCGGCCCAUCAACCUCACGCAACUCAUGUACAUGUCUUCCGCCACCAACCGCAUCACCGUCAUCUGGGGAAACUACGGAAAGAGUUAUUCCGUGGGCCUCUUCCUCGUUCGGCAAAUGACGUCGGCGGAGUUGUUGCAGAGGUUGAAAACCAUCGGGAUCAAACACCCGGAGCUAUGCAAGGCCCUGGUGAAAGAGAAGCUGCGCCUGGAUCCGGAAAGCGAAAUCGCCACCACCGGCGUCCGGGUCUCCUUGAUAUGUCCGCUGGUGAAGAUGCGCCUGUCUGUCCCGUGCCGGGCCGAGUCCUGCGCCCACCUCCAGUGCUUCGACGCCGUCUUCUACCUGCAGAUGAACGAGAAGAAGCCCACCUGGAUGUGCCCCGUCUGCGACAAGCCCGCCACCUACGACCAGCUCAUGAUUGACGGGCUCCUGUCCAAAAUCCUGACGGAAUGCGAGGACGCCGACGAGAUCGAGUACUUAGUGGACGGCUCGUGGUGCCCCAUCAAGGCCGAGAAGGAGAGGAGCUACAGCCCGCAGUGCCCCAUCCUGGUCAUGGGCAGCUCGGCAGAGGCCACUUCGGAGGUCAACGGGGGGCCUCCGCGGGCCCCCAGCGUGGAGAACGGCAAGGCCCCAGCCGACGUGGUGGACUUGACGCUGGACAGCUCGUCCUCGGAGGGCGAGGAGGAGGAGGACGAGGAGGAGGACGAGGACGGGGAGCCCAAGCAGAAAGUCCGGCGCGCCUACAAGAACGGCCUGGCCUCGGCCUGCUGACCGGAGGAGGGGCCGCCCCGGGAAACGAAACAAGCUUGAAUACCUUGGUGCUUAUGACUCCGGGACUGGAAGCCUUUGACCCCGAUCCCGCCCCGGUUCCAAGCCGAGACUGAGGAAGCUGCUGCAUGUCUGGAACAAACGCCCUGCGGAUAUCGGAUCCCGUCGGAUAUCGGAUUUCGUCGGAUAUCGGAUUUCAUCAGAUACCGGAUUUCAUCGGAUAUCGGUCGCGUUGCCCUGCGGAUAUCGGAUCCCGUCAGAUAUCGGAUAUCAUCGGAUAUUGGAUGUCGGAUAUCGGAUUUCUUCGGAUAUCGGUCGCGUUCGGAAGUUGCUCCGAGACACUCGCGGCGCUCGUUCCCCUUCUCCGCCCCUCCGAUUCCUUGCUUGUCUUGAGCCCGACUUUGCUUAUAUUUUGGGGGCGGGACGGAGCUCGGCCACACCCGGCGGUCUUGAUUAUUUUUUUGUGGGAGGGGGGAACGUUUACCUCGUUCGGCGACCAUUCCUUGACGCUUUCCCCCUUCUCGUCUUGCUCUUUUUUGGGGUCGUUUUUGGGGACGCUGUUUUUUCCAGGCGGCCCUCGAAUGGCCUCCCGACCUCCAAGGACAAGGAGAACACACACAGGAAGAGGAAACUCUUCCUUUUUGUCACCACGCGACUCCCCACUUAGCAGUUUUUAUAAGCCAUUGAGGGACGAAACAGUGGGCGGGAUAGAAGGUUAUUAUUAUAAUUUGGUAGGAUGUCGAACAAGUGGAAGAGCUCUAACGAAUAGAAGGUUAUUAUAAUAAUAAUUUGGUAGGAUGUCGGAACAAGAGGAAGAGCUCUAACGGAUAGAAGGUUAUUAUAAUAAUAAUUUGGUAGGAUGUCGGAACAAGAGGAAGAGCUCUAAGGUUAUUAUAAUAAUAAUUUGGUAGGAUGUCGGAACAAGCGGAAGAGCUCUAACGAAUAGAAGGUUAUUAUAAUAAUAAUUUGGUAGGAUGUCGGAACAAGAGGAAGAGCCCUAACGGAUAGAAGGUUAUUAUAAUAAUAAUUUGGUAGGAUGUCGGAACAAGAGGAAGAGCUCUAAGGUUAUUAUUAUAAUAAUUUGGUAGGAUGUCGGAACAAGAGGAAGAGCUCUAAUGGAUAGAAGGUUAUUAUAAUAAUAAUUUGGUAGGAUGUCGGAACAAGAGGAAGAGCUUUAAGGUUAUUAUAAUAAUAAUUUGGUAGGAUGUCGGAACAAGCGGAAGAGCUCUAAUGGAUAGAAGGUUAUUAUAAUAAUAAUUUGUUAGGAUGUCGGAACAAGCGGAAGAGCUCUAAUGGAUAGAAGGUUAUUAUAAUAAUAAUUUGGUAGGAUGUCGGAACAAGAGGAAGAGCUUUAAGGUUAUUAUAAUAAUAAUUUGGUAGGAUGUCGGAACAAGCGGAAGAGCUCUAAUGGAUAGAAGGUUAUUAUAAUAAUAAUUUGGUAGGAUGUCGGAACAAGAGGAAGAGCUUUAAGGUUAUUAUAAUAAUAAUUUGGUAGGAUGUCGGAACAAGCGGAAGAGCUCUAAUGGAUAGAAGGUUAUUAUAAUAAUAAUUUGGUAGGAUGUCGGAACAAGAGGAAGAGCUCUAAGGUUAUUAUAAUUUGGUAGGAUGUCGGAACAAGCGGAAGAGCUCUAACGGAUAGAAGGUUAUUAUUAUAAUAAUUUGGUAGGAUGUCGGAACAAGAGGAAGAGCUCUAAGGUUAUUAUAAUAAUUUGGUAGGAUGUCGGAACAAGAGGAAGAGCUCUAAGGUUAUUAUAAUAAUAAUUUGGUAGGAUGUCGGAACAAGCGGAAGAGCUCUAACGGAUAGAAGGUUAUUAUAAUAAUAAUUUGUUAGGAUGUCGGAACAAGCGGAAGAGCUCUAAUGGAUAGAAGGUUAUUAUAAUAAUAAUUUGGUAGGAUGUCGGAACAAGAGGAAGAGCUUUAAGGUUAUUAUAAUAAUAAUUUGGUAGGAUGUCGGAACAAGCGGAAGAGCUCUAAUGGAUAGAAGGUUAUUAUAAUAAUAAUUUGGUAGGAUGUCGGAACAAGAGGAAGAGCUCUAAGGUUAUUAUAAUUUGGUAGGAUGUCGGAACAAGCGGAAGAGCUCUAACGGAUAGAAGGUUAUUAUUAUAAUAAUUUGGUAGGAUGUCGGAACAAGAGGAAGAGCUCUAAGGUUAUUAUAAUAAUUUGGUAGGAUGUCGGAACAAGAGGAAGAGCUCUAAGGUUAUUAUAAUAAUAAUUUGGUAGGAUGUCGGAACAAGCGGAAGAGCUCUAACGGAUAGAAGGUUAUUAUAAUAAUAAUUUGUUAGGAUGUCGGAACAAGCGGAAGAGCUCUAAGGUUGUUAUAAUAAUAAUUUGGUAGGAUGUCGGAACAAGAGGAAGAGCUCUAACCACCGACCUGUCACUCACCCUUUCCUUUCCUUUGAAGUGCAAUAACUUUUUGUCGCGUGUUUUGGGGGAGACGCGGACGUGUGUGUUCUCCAUCUCGGGGGUUCAGGGCUUCUUUUUUGGGUUGGGGUGGACGAUGGGCCUUCCGGAGCGAGUCGCGGAGGAACUUUUUUUCUCGUCGUUUCCCCUUCUCGGUUUCUCGCCAACUACCUCGGUUUCAAAGGAACGAAUAUAUAAGAAUUCAGGUCCGUCAACGAGAGCAGCUCGGAGGCGGCAUGCGGAUGGCGGUCCCCCCCCCCAACCAGCCCCCCACUCUGGGCCUUCGAACUGCUUCGGUGUCUCCACAUCCGUGUACGUUUCUUGUGGAUCCUUGUAAAAUACGACCCUUCUUUCUCUAAAAUCUCUCCUUUCUUCCUAAUUCCUUAUCGGACUUUGCAUUCCGAAAGACGGUUGUGCCGCCCCUCGAGGCUUAACGCGGUCGCGACGGAUAAUUUCCCCACCCCUUCCUUACCGAUCUCUAAUUUAAAACCCUUCACCCCUCCCCAUCGUAUUCUUUUUUUCCCCCUAUGCAUUUAAGACCUCUUAUUGGUUAUCAACGUUAACGUUGUGAUGGAUUUUUACAAUAUUGUCGAAACUGUGAUGGGUUGAAAAGUAUUGCUUAUUAUCUCAAUGGGAACUGUGAUGGAUUUAAUAGUAUCGGCGGUCAAAAUGAAAACAGUGGUGAAUUUAACACAGUCAUGGGCAAACUAAGGCAUGGGCAGAGAGUAUAGUUUGAGGAAGGCAUGUAGAGGCUGAGAGUCCUCCAGAGUGCUCUCGGGUGUCUCAUGUCUCUCCCGGCAUAAAGAUGGUGUGAGCAAUCCCAUCCUUAGAGCUGAGAGUCCUCCAGAGUGCUCUCGGGUGUCUCGUGUCUCUCCUCCC